AUGGAUUUUCUCCGAAAACUAUAUAGUACUUGCACGAAGUUCGAAGCACUUCCAGAUCAAGAAGAACCAAACAUCGAAUUAGAACCACAUCUUGACGCUAUUCGUGAACAAAUGGAAUUUUAUCUCUCUGAUUCCAAUAUCGAAUUCGAUGCAUUCAUGAAGGGAGCGAUCAGUGAGAGGGAAGAUAGAUUUGUUCCAAUCGAAACUUUCCUUACAUUCAAUCGCAUGAAGGCUCUUAAAGCUACAAACGAAGAUGUCAUUACUGCCUGCUCUGCAUCCAGGACAUUAGAGGUAAACAAAGAACUUAAUAUGGUUAGAUCAAAGGAACCAUUCGUUUCUGAUCCUCGCAGAUCAUUCCGCACAAUCCAUAUUGAAGGAUUUGAUCAAAACGAAACAUUAGAUGAUAUUAAGGCCCUCUUCAAGGAGCAGUAUCCUAACAAGGUCUGCAGAAUUGAGAUGAGAAAGAACAAUAGAAAGGGAGGAGAGCAAUACUUCAGUGGAAAUGUAAAUAUCGAACUCAAAGAUGAAAUGACUGCUAAACAAAUCGUUAAAAAUGGAAUUAUGUACCACGGAAAUACAAUGAAAUGCAUUUUCUUCUCCGAAUUCAGAGCAAACUUGAAAGCCAAGAAAGCAGCUGCAGAAAAGAAGGAAACUCCUAAGAAAGGCACACAUAAGGACGAAAAGCAAAAGAAAAAUUAG